UUGAAACGUCAAAAUUCCGUUUGUGUUUUCUCAUCAUCAUCGUCGGUUUUCUGCUGUUUCAUCUCGCAAUUCCCGAUUUUCCGGAUAAAAUCAUAAAAAACUGUGUAUUUUCGUGUUCAAAUAAAGUCAAAUUGCCAGGAUGAGCUCCAUCGGUACAGGGUACGAUUUGUCCGCAUCUCAGUUCUCCCCGGACGGACGAGUCUUCCAGAUUGAAUAUGCGGGCAAAUCGGUGGAGAACAGCGGUACGGUGAUUGGCCUCCGUGGAAAGGACGGUGUUGUGCUGGCCGUGGAAAAACUGAUUACCAGUAAGUUGUACGAGCCGGAAUCCGGAACGAGGAUUUUCACGAUCGACAGCUCGAUCGGGAUGGCCAUCAGUGGAAUGAUUGCCGAUGGGCGUGCCAUCGUAGACAUUGCCCGGCAGGAAGCGGCUAACUACCGGCAACAGUACGAUAGGCCCAUUCCAUUGAAGCAGCUGAAUGACCGUUUGUCCAGCUACUUCCAUGCCUAUACCCUGUACAGUGCGGUGCGUCCCUUCGGGGUGAGCGUGAUCCUGGCCUCGUGGACGGAGGAAACCGGACCGGAGAUGUACAUGAUCGAUCCGUCCGGCGUGUCGUGUGGAUACUUUGGAUGCGCUGUAGGCAAAGCCAAGCAAACCGCCAAGACUGAAAUCGAAAAGCUGAAGCUGGCAGAAAAGUCCGUUAACGAGCUGAUAACCACCGCCGGAAAAAUCAUCUACCAAGUUCACGACGAACUGAAGGAUAAGGAUUUCAAACUGGAACUAAGCUGGGUUUGCCAAGCGUCCAACGGCCGUCACCAGGUGGUUCCGGAUGAGUUGUACGCCGCGGCGACCCGAGCAGGACAGGAAGCGGUCGACGAGGACGAUAGUGAUAACGAAAUUUAGAUUGGGUUCUCCUUCCGGCUACAACCACUGUUGAAUUGUGGAGGGUGGGGAAGUAAAAAUUAUCUUUUUUUGCUAAGUUACUUCGAGGAAAAACUUGUAUCAGUAAUUUCGUACGGUAAAAUAUAUUGAAAGGAACAAAAA